CCGCCUUUUGCUCCAUGUAAACAAACCCACACUGGGCAUGCGUCACCGCCGUAAUGGACGACUGUCUUUUCUACCCGGACUUCACGCCUCUCUUUCUACUCCGCUAACUUGCGGCUUGCGAAGCUGAAGCGCACGUGCGUCCUGCUUCGCACUCUCGUCGCGGAAAGAUGAGCUCCGCCGACACGGCCGCCCAGAGCGCGGCAUGCAGGAUCAUGACGUUCACGCCGUCGGCCGAAGACUUCCGAGACUUUGGCCGCUACGUGGCCUACAUGGAGUCUCAAGGAGCACACCGAGCGGGGAUGGCCAAGGUGAUCCCGCCAAAAGGCUGGCGGCCGCGGAAGACAUACGACGACAUGGACGAGUUGGUCAUUCCCGCUCCCAUUCAGCAGGUGGUGACGGGCCAAUCUGGCCUCUUCACACAGUACAACAUUCAGAAGAAGCCCAUGACCGUUCAAGAGUUCCGGAGGACCUCCAACAUGGACAAGUUCUGCCAUCCGAGCUACGUGGACUUUGACGAGCUGGAACGCAAGUUCUGGAAGAAUCUGACGUUCAACCCGCCUCUCUACGGCGCCGACGUCAGCGGGAGUCUCUACGACUCGGACGUGAACGAGUGGAACAUCGGCCGCCUGAACACCAUUUUGGACACGGUGGAACACGAGAGCGGCGUGAAGAUUAAAGGAGUCAACACGCCUUAUCUUUACUUCGGCAUGUGGAAGGCUGCCUUCGCCUGGCAUACAGAAGAUAUGGACUUGUACAGCAUCAACUACUUGCACUUUGGGGAACCCAAAUCCUGGUAUGCCGUCCCACCGGAACACGGCAGGAGACUGGAGCGUCUCGCCAAGGGUUUCUUUCCCGGCAACGCUCAGAGCUGCGAAGCCUUCCUGCGCCACAAAAUGACGCUGAUUUCGCCGUCCAUCCUCAAAAAAUACGGAAUCCCUUUCGAGAAGGUGACGCAGGAGGCGGGCCAGUUCGUCGUCACCUUCCCGUACAGCUACCACGCCGGAUUCAACCACGGCUUCAACUGCGCCGAGUCCACCAAUUUCGCCACGCGGCGCUGGAUCGACUACGGGAAACAAGCCAAGCUGUGCUCGUGCCGGCAGGACACGGUGAAGAUCUCCAUGGACGUGUUUGUGCGCAAGUUCCAGCCGGAGCGCUACAAAUUGUGGAAGGCGGGAAAGGACAACGCUCCCAUCGACCACUCCCAGCCCACGCCGGAGGCCGACGUCUUCGGGGGGGAGAGCCCGCCUCCAGAUGAGCGAGUGCCUGACAGCCCCGCCUCCAGCCCUAAAGCUCAGACGGCCGCCAAGCGACGGCUGGACACCUCGCGGGACGUCCAAUCGGAUUUGGCGGAAGAGGAGGUAGAGUCAAAGAAUGCCAAAAUGGAUUCUCCCGCCCGGGUUGAGCUGGAGACUCUAGAUCAAACGGUCAAAUUGGAGUCUGAGCCACAGCGUGAAGAAGAAGACAAAAAUCCCAUCAGUUGCUCAAGAAUGGAGACGGUCAAAUUGGAGUCUGAGCCACAGCGCCAAAAAGAAGAAGAAGAGAAAGAUGACAAAAAGUCCAUCAGUUGCUCAAGAACUGAGACGGCGUCGGCAGACACUGCCACCAACCACACGUCGGAGCCCAAGGACGGGCCGGAGCCGGACCCUGAACCGAGCGACGGCGGUGGCGAAAAGGACCCCGCCCAGCCCGACGAGGAUGAAAAACUUGACGCGAGCAACACGGGGGCGCACGCGGUGUUCCAGAGGACGCUGAGUCCCGCCGAUGUUCUUCACGUGCACAGUUACGCCAAAGGAGAAGACGCCGCGCCCAGAGACCAAGACAAGGAGGAAAGCAACGGUGGCGAUGAGGAAGUCAACCAAGACACCAGCAAACAGGGGCCCGAGGAAACUCUAAGCAAGUCGGAGCAGAGCCGUCUGGGUCAACUGCCCGGUCACCACCCGCUCAUUAAGGACGGCCUCAGCGACGAAGAGGCUCCGGAGGAAGUGUCCCCGGUCAAGGAGGGGGGCCUGGAGGGGGAAGGCUGGGCCAAAGCGCUAGCCCACCUGUGGCAGAGCAGACCCCCCAACAUCAAGCGGGAGCGCGAGUACAAUCAGCGGGCCGGCGCCAAGCCGCCCUACUGCUCCAUAUGCUCGCUCUUCCUUGCCUACCAGCAGUCGGAGGGCGCGAGCGGCAUCAACGCUCCGGUCAUGGCGGCGGGCGGGCGCAUGCGCACCAAACCCCUGAUCCCGGAGACUUGCUUCGCCACCACCACUGAAGAAGACUCGGAGUGCGAGGAGGCUCCGCCCACGCCCCGUCUGGAGGAGGACGGGACAAGCCUGCUGGUCAGCUGCUCGCAGUGCGCAGUCCGCGUCCACGCCAGCUGUUACGGCGUGGAUCCUGCCGGCGUCAGCAAGGAGUGGAAGUGCGCCCGCUGCAAAGCCAACGCCUUGAUGGAGAACUGCUGUUUGUGUUGCCUACGAGGCGGCGCUCUUCAGAGGGCCAACAACAACAAGUGGGUUCACGUGCUGUGCGCCGUGGCCGUUCUGGAGGCUCGCUUCGUCAACGUCGCCGACAGAAGUCCCGUGGAUCUGAGCGGCAUCCCACUGCAGAGAUUCAAAUUGAAAUGUUACUACUGCAAGAAGCGCAUGAAGAAGGCGUCGGGCUGCUGCGUGCAGUGCUCGCACGGGCGUUGCCCCACCGCUUACCACCCCACCUGCGCGCAGGCCGCCGGCGUGCUCAUGCAGCCCGACGACUGGCCCUUUGUGGUACACGUCACCUGUUGUCGACACAAAGGGCCCGCGCAGAUCGAGCGCAACAAGGCGGCCAUGCAGGAGCUAACGGUGGGCCAGAAAGUCAUCUGCAAGCACAAAAAUGGUCGCUACUACCAGUGCGACGUGGUGCAGCUGUCCAAGGAAACCUUCUACGAGGUCAACUUUGACGACGGCUCCUUCAGUGACAACCUCUUCCCUGAGGACAUUGCGAACCGAGACUGCUCUCAGAUGGGCCCGCCCCCGCCGGGCGAAGUGGUGCAAGUGCGUUGGACCGACGGCCUGGUUUACGGCGCCAAGUUCGUGGCGUCGCGCGUCGUUCAGAUGUACUUGGUGGAAUUUGAGGACGGCUCACAGCUGACAACAAAACGGGAUGACGUCUACUCGCUGGACGAGGAGCUGCCCAAGCGGGUCAAGUCCAGAUUGUCCAAAGCGUCAGACAUGCGCUUCGACGGCAUCUUCGAGGGCAAGGAGAUCAUCCGGGAGUCCAAGAGGCAACGGGUCAUCAACUCGCGCUACCGCGGCGACUACAUCGAACCCGUCAUUUACAGAGCCAUCAUGGAGUAGACUUUUUCUAGUUCUUUCCCCUGACGGACGGAGGUAAGGGCGGGCAGUAUUUUCAUUCUCCUCCAGGGCGGCGACUCCACUAUUUCAUUGACGUGACUUUUGACUGUGACGACAUCAAAUCACGGCGGCGACCGUCCGAAUGGAUUAGGACGUCUACGUCCGUCCUUGGGAUGUAAUUCCUUACGCCAACUGAAUUUGAUGAAGAAACUGUUUUUUUUUGUUUUGUUUUUUUUACUGUUUUCAUAGGGUAAGUGUCUAUUUCUUGUUCAGUAACUCUUUCGGUACCACUGACGAUGCUAGACGUCCAAUCAGCAAAUGAGUUUAUCGCUAGUAGACGUUCGGUCCAUUUGAAGCGGGAGAGUGGCAGCGAAUUAACAUUUGUUUGUCAGUACUAGAAAAAAAAAAAGUGAUAAUAUUACAAGGUUAAAGUCCUAGUAUUCUUACCAGAAAAUUUGUGGUAGUAUUAGUACAAGAAAAAGGUAAAGUCGUAGUAUUAUUACCCAAAAAAAAAUUGUAAUAUUACGAGAAGUGAUACUAUUAAUACUAGAAAAGAAUUGCAAUUAUACAAGGUUAAUGUUGUAGCAUUUUGACUAGAAAAAAUUAGCAGUAUCGGAACAAGGGAAAAAAAAGUUAUAAUACUAUUAGGUUAAAAUCAAAGUAUUAGCAUCAGGGGAAAAAAGUAAUAUAACGAAAAUAAAGUUGUAGUAUUAGUACCAGAAACCAAUUGUAAUAUGAUGAGAUUAAAAACGUAGUAUGAGUAUGAAGGAAUCUGACCUUUUUAGCCAGACUGCUGGAAUCACGCCAGUUGAACCGUCAGACCCACGCUGGCGCAGCUCCAACGACCCGGGCAGGCGGGACCCAGCCAUCCUGGCAAAAAGGCAAAACUCCACGCGUUCACCUUAAUUUUAACCCUUUGUACUGACUCCAUUUUAAAAGGUUUAAAAUAGGCUCACCGAAAACAAGUUGACAAUUUAUUAAGGUCGACAGCUGAAUUGUGUCAUAUUCUAGUAAUUACAUUUGGAAAUUUGGUUCUAGGACAUUUGGUUUGUGCGCAAUCCUCAAAAUGAGUUCAAAAAAAGCCAUUCUCACCUUUUGAGCGUGAGAUCUAUGCACUUUUCCAGAGAAAUGUAAUAUUGAUGAUAACAAUCAAACAGCAAGGCGAAACAGACUCAGGCAGGAAGGCAAGGUCACCCGAACACACGUCAAUAAAAGGUUCCCAAGAAAAAUGACGCUUAAAGUGCAUGUGACACGAAAAAGCUUGUUUAUUUCAUAAUACACGCGGUAUUUUAUGCUCCUGAAUGAUAUGGACCGCUUGGAUGUGUGUGGAAGCGAUCGCUAUAUUUAUUUAGUUUUUUUAAUCCUGCGCCAUGAAAAUGACUGACUUCCGGCUUCGGUCUUGCAUUGAGGAGGAGGGCGCUGUGACGUGUAUGAAUGAAGGCGUCCUCUUCACUAUACAGCCGUACUGUUGUGUAUGAGGACUAAGGAUUCAGCUGAUUUUGCGGAUUAAUACGUUUAUUUUUCGCAUCACGCCAGCCAAACGGCUGCAGAAAAAUCAUUCUGUAUGAGGGAGAGGUGUAUGCGCCUUUUUGGAGUUUCAAAAGGUUCCCAUUCACCGUCGAUAUUGGCUAAAACAAGCCCAACGAAUACUGUGGGACCAUUGGACUUAUGAGGAAGUGAGUAAACAUCUUGUUUAGUAUUAUGUCAAAUAUUAAUACAGCUAUUACAAAGUAAACACUACAAACUUUCUUUAAAUAAAGGACUACUUACGUUUGAUCAUUGAUAGGCAUGUAAAAAGCUCUCCUAAUGCUCAUUAGCAGCAGCACGUUAGCUGCACAACAACUCCAGCCACCCUCCUCCUGGGAACGAACUGUAAAUUGCUCUCCGCCGGGCGGUUUGCCGAUCCGCAAAGACAAUCGACAACCGGGUCGUCAUGUCAAAUAAUCCAGGCUAGUUAUGUGUGAUUUUCCGCUUGGAAGACUUUGAAACAUCACUCGGUUCGGAUUAGCAUGUCGGCUAGCUGUCACUCCUUCUGGUUUGUUUACAUUCUCCGAAGCCGGGGAAGGGAAAUGACAUAUGUCCGAUUUAGGUGUCAUAAAAUAUCGUUCGGGAGGUGCGACAGUAAAGGUGAAGUCGACAGUUAAUUUUGCCAUGUCGUCUUGAAUAAAUGGAUUUUUAUUAUUUCAUAUUCCAUUUAGCACAAGACUGUUAUUUGUCAUGACAAUGCCAUUUAUUUAGCAAUUGGGGAAAAUACUUGGAUAAAAAGAAUAUCCUGUAAAAAUAUUGGCGUAGAGAGACUGAAACAAUGACAUUUUGCGGCUCGUUCUGAACAAUUCCCCCUCAAUGGGCUGAAUAGUAAAACCGAUGAGCCCAGUCUACCGCUGACGUCAUCCACCUGUUGGGGACGCUAAAGCCCUAUAAUGGUAGGCGUGGCUAACCAGCAGAUUAAAAGACUAAUUUCUCGUCAUCUGCGCUUUGCUAAAUUGUUGUAUAUAGUCGAAUCGUCUCAAAAUAUGAUUAUAAUUCACAUAAUAAUGCCAUUUAAGACUUUUUUUCUCGUGUCGUAUGCUCUUUAAAUAUUGUCUUUUGAAAGCUCUUGCGGGGUGGACCAUGAAGAACGGUGUGUUUGGAAUUCUAGUCUGUUUGUGGAUUGGACUGGAGGAUUUGGGAGUUACUGUUGUCAGGGCAACGAGGGUCGUGGAUUUUGCCACCUCAGUAUCAAAGGGGCUCUUGGAGUCAGUAAACAGUUGUGUUAUCAGUUGGAUAUCGGGCGUUCUCCGGAGUUCCUUGUGUUGGCACAGGGUCUCCCGCCAUUUGUUCUGGACUGUCUGGGAGAACUGUUUGCGAGAGUUGGUAGUGCAGAUGUGAGCUUAUAGAUUUCAGCGUCAAUCUAACGCAGGCAGUUGCAUGACGCAGACGUUGGGCUUCCAUGAUAAGAAGGUGUCAUGUAUCUCUUAUGCCCUAUAUAGUGCUUGUUUUCCUUAAACUAUGGUAUAAAUGCUUUUUUUUUAUAUAUAUAUAUAUAUAUUGGGUGUGUUAAAAGUAAUGCAAACAGUUGGAUGGUGCCUAUGAGAAAAGGUACUAUCUCCUUCAAGUUGUCGUAUUAUUACCAGACGAUAAAAGAUUAAAGUCAUAAAAUUAGUACGAAAGAUUAGUUGUAGUAUUUCUACCAGAAAAAAAAUUAUUACGAAAAUAAAUUGGUCAUAUUUGUACUGGAAAACAAUUGUUAUAUUACGCGAUUAAAGUCAUAGUAUUAGUGCCAGAAAAAAAGCAAGAAGGCUACAAGGUUAAAUUUGUCAUAUAAGUACCAGAAAAAAAAGUAAUACUACGAAAUUAAAGUCACAGUAUUAUUAGGAGAAAAAUCGUAAUAAUACCGAAUUGACGUUGUAGUAUUUGUAACAGAAAAAAGUCGGAAAAUUACAAGAACUUUUAAAGUGUUCAAGUCUGAGGAAAUAAAAGGGACAAUGGUACAAGAUUAAAAUCAUAUUAUUAGUACUAGAAGCCAAUGGAUUAUUACAAAUUUAAGUGGUAGUACUGUAUUAGUACAAGAAAAAAAUCGUAAUAUUACGACAACGAAUGAACGUUCCUGCCAUCCCUCCCGCUUCAAAUAGAUCGGAUGUCUACGAGCGAUGAAGACGGAUGCAAAAAUCACCAGUUAAUCUAGCCCCAGAUUAACCGGGUUUCAUUUUGCCUAAUGAAUUCCAAUUUAUCGGGAUUAUAAUUUAUGGUGGAUUGGUUUGGAAUAGCUGCGAUGAAUCUACUUAUUGAUCGAGUGACGUCUAGCUCGGUCAAUGGCAGAUUGAGUUGCUGAAUCAAUGUAAAGCAUUGGGGGAAUGCAUGAAUACAUUUUUUUUUUUUUUUAUGAAAUAUAGAGAAUUAUAUAGAAAAAUACGGCUAAAAAUGAGAAAAUCAUCAAAUAAAAACAAAAAGAAAAUCCAUUAAAAAAUGUUUUUCUUAAUAUUUAAUUUUGAAUGUUUUACUUUAAAAAUACAUUUAAAAAAAAAAAUCUAUAUUUUGUUCUAUUUAAGUGUAUUUCUGAUUUUGAUUUUUUUAAAAAUAAAUAUUGUUAUAUUUUAAAAAAUGAUUCUUUUAAUUUUUUUAUUUUCAAAUGCUAAUUCAUUGUUUCUUUAACUGUAGUUUUUUUAAAUUAGAAAAAACAUUGAAAAUUAAUAUAAAUAUAUACACAAAAUCUUUUCAUUAUUUUAGGAAUAAAUAUUGAAAAUAUAAAUUUAUACACAAACUAUUUCUAAUGUUUUUUUUUUUUUAGAAAUAAACAUAUAUAUACAC